AUGAAUUAAGUCGAUAAUUUGCUUAAACCAUCCUUGAUUAACAAAAAAUCUUAGCCUAUAGAUAAUACCAAGAAUACAGACUUUUUUAAUUAAUGGGAAUAGUAAUUAUUGCAAAAAGAAACACAAGUAUCUUGUAUCAUAAAACUUAAGUAUAGUUAAUAUAAAAAGAAAAGAAGUUGAAAGAAAAAGAGAAUCAAUUGGCUUAAAAGGAGGAUAUAUUAAUUAAAAAAGAAUUAAACUUAAAUUAGAGAAUGAUGAAAUAUUCAACCAUUUUAGAAUAAAUUAUAGCUUAGAAAUAAACUAAAUCAGAGAACUCACUAUUGCCAUUAAACUCAAAUGAUAAAUCUCAUAGAAAUAACAAUAUCAAUGAAUAUUAAAAUAGAGUGAUCAAUCUAUUAAAUACUAUAAGAAGCAAUAGUUAAUAGUAGCAAUAAUUGAUCCAUUAGUAGUCCUAUAUGGGAAGCACUUUAGAAUUAACUGAUGAUAGAUUCAAUAAGAGUUCAAAAGUCUUUUAACUGCUGUGA